UCCAGGGGAUUAUUCACAGCCACAAACGCGAGAUAAUGCCCGGAGAGAUAAAUCCAAAGUCACAGAUUACGGUUGAUAGGAGAUAGAGGAGCUACUGGUUUUAUUUGUGCUUUUUAGUCUACUAAAAGCGGUGCCCAAAGCAAUUUUAUCCCCCACAGAGACAACCCAGCCAGUAGAUGUGAAGAUUUUGUGCAGUGUAGACGUGCUUCAGGAAAGUCUUCCUCCCGGAAAAUUACCAAAUCCCCAGAAGAAACAGCAAAACUAGCAAAACUAGCCAAAUUGUAGGAAAAUUCUACCAUGCUCGAUCUUUUCAGUUCUGUCCAGGCGAGAGUUAGUGUGAGUGUAGCUCUGGGAAUUGGCGUUGUAGCAGCCACUUUUGGAUACUUCUACAGGAAGAAACUCCUCUCAUCUCCACCCAAAAAAUGGGUUCGUGUUGGAGAGCUAACAGACCUCAUGAUCUACCCAAUAAAAUCCUGUGGAGGAAUUGAAGCCAAGGAGCUCACCUGUAAUAUUCUUGGUCCGGAAAAUGGUCACGUGAGAGAUCGCGUCUUCAUGAUUAUCACAAUCGAAGGACAGGGCAUUACGGCUAGAAGUCACCCGAAAAUUGUUUUAAUUCAACCAAGAUUUGAGGGUGACAUGAUGAUCCUCUCAGCUCCUGAACAGCCAGAAAUCUCUAUCGAUGUUAAGAAAUUGCAUCAACAAGCCCGUGGGAAAUCUGUAGUUUGGGGAGAACAAGUUUCAACUGUGGAUUGUGGAGAUGAAGUUGCUGCCUGGGUCUCGAGAUACCUUAUAAAUGAUAAUGUUGGCUUUAGGCUGGUUUUCUAUCCGGAUUCCUUCUCAACUCGGGAUGCCUGGGGCAAGAAGAAGAACAGCAAGGAUCUUGAGACACAUGCUGGAGCUCUUCACGAUGUUACGAGUUACAUGCUGAUGAAUGAGGCUUCAAUUGAAGACCUCAAUAAGAGACUUAAGGAUCCAGUAACUUCUAGGCAGUUCAGGCCCAAUUUCCUAGUCAAUGGACGCAAGGAGUACGCUGAGGAUGAAUGGGAAUGGGUCAGAAUUGGAAAUGUGAUCUUCAAGAAUAUCUUUCUCUGUGGCAGGUGCAUCUUGCCGAAUAUCAAUCCAGAAAGUGGCACAAGACACCCAGAGGGAGAGCCCCUGAAGACUCUCAAGACCUACCGAAUGGUCAGUGAUUCGAUUAAGGCACCAAUUUUGGGGAUUCAUUUGGGAGUUCAUACUCCAGGAGUUAUCUCAAUGGGUGAUCCUGUGUACAUGGGAGUGACUAGAGAUUAAUUUGUUGCAGGAGAAAGUGAUUUUCAUCUUUGAAGACUCUUCCUCUCUCUCGUGCUUUUUUUUUGUAUAAAUAAAAAAUGUUUCAUUAAUCAAA